AUGUCAAUUGCAACACGAGGAAACAUAUCAAUUUUUACACCAAGUAAUGCUCUAUGGAUCACCUUCACAAUUGGCUCGCGGAGCAGAGAGGGAUUUAGGGUUACAACGACGAUAGAAGAUUCCGUGGACGCAUCAUCUACUUCAAUGUUUGUCACUUCUUGCCCGACAAAGCUUAAGGCCGAGUUCGAACCGGAGGAGGCAGAAGAGAGCGAUGAUGAGAAUGAAGAAGAAGGGGAAGCUAAAACUGAGGAGCGUAAGGCUGAAACAGAUUACUUGAAGGUGCCUGAAUGGGAUGUGGACAGUUUCGAUGGUUUAGAGCCAAGUGAUCAUUACAAAGGAAUAACUCCGAUGAAGUUGGAGAGUAGAGCGCUUCGGGAUAAAAACUACCGCCAGUUCUGGGAAGACAUGGUCUAUGUCGUCUCCAAAAACUCAACCAAGACAAGGUUAGAUUCGAAUGUGGAGUUCAUUGAGGUUGUGAGAGGAUAUUAACGCCCAGGACCAAGAUCAAAGUCAUACAUUACAUUUAUGGCAAGGGAGAAACCAGAUGGACCUAUUGUGGAGUAUCAAGCCAAGUGUAUGGUUACUUUGGACAGAAAGAGGCAUCCCAUCCUCUGUAGACCGGCUCCUUCGCCAAAGCCUUAA